AUGUACAAAUUGGUGGUGUUGGCCCUUUUCUUCGUUGCCGUCUCCGCAGCUCCAAGUCUUUUACAUGCACCUCUGGCUUAUUCUACGGUCGUAGGAAGCAUUCCUACUUCAAUCAGCCAUCAAAGUAGUUCUGUAGUUCAUAGUGCUGCUAUUGCUGCUCCAGUUGUUCAUGCCGCUCCUGUUGUUGCUACUUAUGCUGCAGCACCUUUAAUUAGUCAUGCUCCUUUCGUUGCUGCUGGUGUACAUCCGUGGUAA